AUGGCGUCCCCUCGCAAAAGCACCCUCUUUCAACAAUUGCCGCGGGAAAUUUUGGACAAAUUCAAGAAGUUUCGUGAAACGGGAAAGUUCUGUGAUGUAACGCUGGUGAUCAACAAUGAAGAGUAUCACGCACACAAACUCGUCCUAGCCGCAUCGAGUCCAUAUUUCGAGUCAGUCCUCAAAUCACAUCGGGUUUCGACCGAGCACUUGGUCAUCCCCCUCAGUCCGAUAGGAUCCAAGUCGUUCCAGAGCGUUCUCAAUUACUUCUAUACCGGAUCCAUACUGGUCGAACCCGCGAACGCACUCGAGGUUCUUCAAAUCGCCAACUUCCUCUUAUUGUUCAGAAUGAAAUCAUUCAUUGCCGAAAUCCUCAUCGGUUCGCUGUCGAGCGAUAACGCUCUGUGUUUUCGGGACACAGCAAUCAAACUCUAUGUUCCGGACCUUCAUCAAGCGGCCUGCACUUUCAUCGAGAACAACUUCGAACGAAUUCGGCCGAAUCUACUUUACCUGGAAUUCCACAAAUUAGAAGAGCUCCUCCAAGACCACAGACUCAGCAUUCCCCACGAUGCAAGUCUUGCCAGUUUGAUCGUCUCCUGGGUUUGUCUCCGGUUUGAGAAACGCGUCAAGUUUCUCCGGAUCCUAAUGACUUUCGUCGAGUGGAACGAUUCGAUCGCCGAACAGAUUCUCUCCCAAGCGGCCAAGCGGAUACAGGCCAAUGAGCUCCUACCUAUAAUCCUGGGUGUUUUCGAAGAGCUGAAAAACAACAGGAGUCUGACCGCCCCGGAGUUCGACCCAAUCGCUGCUCGGAUGAAGUUGGAAACGAUGGCAGUGAAUGCCGCAAUAGAUUCGAUCGCGCGACAAGACGACUCCAAAGACGGAACGGAUUCCGUCGACGACGAAGACAACAGUGACGAUGAUACCAAUCCUUCAAACGGUUCCGCUCUUGUUGAGGAGCUCGGUGGAGACUCGAACGACUCCGACGAUGAAGCAGCUGUUGUUGGCUCGAACGAGACCGCAGACGCUCUUCAAUGUGGGAAAUGCUCCUUCGUAGCCCGCGGAAAACUGAGAACGGCCCUCAUCUACCACCACACGGUGAAGGUCCACCUCAAGCAGAUCAGUUACAAGUGCUCUCUCUGCGGCUUCGUCUGCUUCUGGAAGCGCCAAUUCACCGACCACUUGAAGAAAGUUCAUUUUCCGAGGAGCCCUCCGUACCGCUGCGACGUCUGUGAUGUGAAAACGGAGAGAAUUUCCAGUCUUGUCCGCCACCGUCGCAAACAUCUGACUGAUCGGCCGUUUACGUGUGAUCUCUGCUCGUACCGAUGUCGGUUCAAGGCUCAGCUCGUUGAGCACUGCAAGUCGCAUAACAUCGAGAAACCCUACGCCUGUGAGCAUUGCCGCAGAGCUUUCGCGGUGAAAAUCGCUCUGGACUCCCAUAUGCGCAUCCACCAAGGGGAGCGGUAUCUGAAGUGCGACCGAUGCGCGUUCCGAACUCGCUACGAGCAUCACCUAGCGAUGCAUCGUAGGAUUCACCUUCGGAGAACGAUGUCUUGCCCUCUCGGCUGCGAAUUCAAGUCCGGGUCGUGCAGCGUGAUGGAAGCUCAUAUUCGGGCUCACCCUCAAGACCGGAACCACAUUUGCCAAUUAUGCGGAAAAACAUUUUUGGACAAGACUCAUCUCGCGCGUCACCUGCGAUCUCACAAUAGCAAACCUUAUCGAUGCGCGAAGUGCGAAUAUUCAUCGCCUAGACGUGAUUACAUGAACGACCACGUGAACCGAUAUCACGACAUGAAAGCCACAGCAGAGAAGUGAAUUUACGAUCUGAAGGUCGUAUUCCGCGGUAGGUUUGUCGGACCUCAAGCUAUCGGGAAAACUUUCCCCCGGAAUCGCUCGACCUCUCGAGGUUCACGGAAAGUUUGCAACUCACGAGCGACACAGUGAUAAUCAAGGAUCUUCCGCCCGGCAAUGUGUAAUUGAGGAUUAUAUCCUCCUUGAUUGUAUGGCGGUG